GCUGGGGUUAAUGCAGAUUCGCACCUCACCUUGAAAAACAGCCAACUAAAACGUAGGAAUACGAAAAAUUAAAAAAAAAAAAACGUGAUGUAAAGCACUUGUAGGAGUGCCAUGUAAAACUGCCCAUGCACAAACAGCCAUUUGGUGACAUGGGAAAGUGCCUCUGUGGCACCACAUAAAAGCACCUGCACAGUGUCACGUAUAAGUGCCUGCGUGGUGUCACAUAUGAGCACCUGUGUGGCACCAUGUAAAAGUAUCCGUAUAGCGCCAUAUAAAAGAGCCCAUGUGGUGCCAUGUAAAAGCAUACAACACCCUCUGUAAAAUGGCAGGAAGGGUCUCCAGCUGUGGAAACCAAAUCAGACUGGGGUCUAGGCAGAUCUCAGCUUGCCAGCUCUAGUUACACCAUCCAAUACAUGGACAAAUGAUGAUGAUGAUGAUGAUGAUGUCCCCACAACUGUUUGAUAGUUAUAAUCAGUGUUGGUUUUACUUCCUGUUAAUAACAAAAGAGACUGAGAGAAUAGGCACCAAACUUUAAAAUGAUGUGCUGGGGGGCAAUUUGUCCAAUGAAAACCUUGGUGUGGUGUCUGAACAUGGCUGCUGUCCAAUGAUUAAAUAAAAGGUGCAGUCCAUUUGAUGGGCUUCCUUGCAGUAUCCAUCAACUCUCUGUUUCUGCCCUGACCUGAACCUUUCAACGAAAUGGGGAAUUGGCUUGGAAGUGAAAAUGAGAAAAGCAGCACACCAACUUCAUCACCACCACCACCCACACCAUCAACUUCCUUCUCCCCACCCACAAAAACAACCCCUCUAUCACCACCCACACCAUCAACUUCCUUCUCCCCACCCACAAAAACAACGCCUCUAUGGCCAUCCACACCAUCAACUUCCUUCUCCCCACCCAUAAGAACAACCCCUCUAUGGCCACCCACACCAUCAACCUCCUUCUCCCCACCCUCAAGAACAACCCCUCUGUCGCCACCCACACCAUCAACUGGAACCAGUCAGAAGCAAGAUACGACAAGGGCAGACAAGAAAGAUGUUCAGAGGUUUUUAAUCCAAUUGAUAAGAGAUAUCAGUAUGGCUGUAUAUUGUCCUGAUCCGAAUGUGCUGUAUACAGCUAUAAACCUGGUUGACAUUUUUGGUCCUGUGAAAGCUUUGUCAAUUUUAUGGGAACUGUACCCAGGGCUAACAUCAGAAAAGCAAAUUUCUUUAUUCCACAUUUUCGUGAGCUUAAGAGUAAAGUAUCCAGGUACCAUAUUAUUUGAUGAAGAAGAACUGUUCUUACCGCACAAUGGAUUGCUAUAUUUUCACAAAAAUCAAGAAUGGAUUUUACUUGCCUAUUUAAUUAUUGGUAUCCAAGAUUAUCCUGACUCCCUGUUCUAUCAGAUGGCAUGUUAUGAAGACACAUCUGAUCUAACCCUGGUGGAAAUAUUGCAAGAAUAUUCUUUGAAUAUUCCUAAAUGGGUUGAUUUGUUAAUUGAAAAAAUUUUGGUCAAUGGUGCCCCAUGUGAGUACUUAUGUGCUUACAGGAAAGCACCUGCACUUCAUGUUGCUGCAGAAAUUGCUACUGUUUCAGGUGAGGAAUUAGAGAAUUCAUUCUUGUAAAAGUUUCUCUUUUCU